GCUCUUCUUUAUCAGUAGCAUAUUCCAAACUUCAGUGUUUAAUUCAAAGCGGCAUGGUUUUAUUCUGAAAACUGAUUUUUGUUCACUUCUAAUGUUUGAUUCUUUUUCCCUUCUUGUUUGAACUUUCUUAAUAGUAUAUUUUGCAAAACAUGAUUCUUCCUUUCUCCAUCAUUAUGUUAUAUCAUCAUCCUCUUGCUGUUUAUUGAAUCAUCAUUUGAAUAGUUAAAUUUCGUUUGUCAAAAACCGUUAUAUGGCACUAGUUUUACAGUUAGAUUUGGUUCCUAUUUGACAUGCUCAACCAAAGAUUAGGAGGAGCAACAGUGCAAUCAUAAUAUCGAAAACAAGUAUUUAAACACCAAUGGAAACUGUUGUUUUACUAAUAGUCAUGAACCAUGGAGAGAGCUUUAUUCUACAUGCUAUUGGUAGUUCAAGCAUAACUCAGAUUAUGAAUUAGUUUCCACUUUAGAAGUACAAGAAGUUAAAAGAAAUCUUAUUCAAGAAGAUAAUUAGGUCAUUAUGAUGGAAAACUUGGACCAUAUUAUGCCGAGACAACAUCAUAUAUGAAAUUCAGGAAACCUGGCCCAUACUUGGGAGUCCCUUCACUAAUCUGAGAAUACUAUGAAUUGACUAGAGAGCAAGUGUAACAGAGUAGACAUCCAGAUUAAAUACAGAAGAAUACCCCAUAAGCAUAAUAUCUAUUCUAGAGAAGGUAGCUAAAUGGAUCUUCCACAAAACUAUAGUGUUGCCAAAAUUAUCUCUGGAUGUUGACUAAAUCUUGUCUAGUUGAUCAAUUAAAAGUGCCAAGCCAUAUAGUCCACAGAGUAAUCAGUUAAACCCACCAAGGCCAAUAAUAGUUACAGUCCAAAAUGAUUGUCUAAGGAUUUCAAGUGUCAAUAAAUCUGAACUACAAAGUUUGGCUCUAAUGGACUGUCAAUGCUCAUAAUGACAUAUUCAGCAGUUUAAAACUAAGCCUUGGUUUGGGACCCAUAAUCUACUGUUUAGAAAGAAUUGGACAAGAUCAAAUAUAGCUCAAAAGUUUACUAACAGUGUCAACUAUUUGGAAUUCGAUGAAAAAUUAAAAAGUAAUUUUGUUGAAGCUAGAAGAAUAAAAGGCAACCCAGCAUUGUUGCAAACAAAAAUCUGAUGAUGUACUAAAUGUUACAAUUGUUACCAAGAAGCAACAAACUAAAAUAUCUCAUAACAUAACACAGUAUUUAUUGAAAAUGGGAUUGGUGCCGUCAUAAUGCCCUUCGUUCGCAAUUCUUCUGGAAGGUAUACGUUGGAUCUGGAUUUUGAUUCAGCAAAGGCUCCCUUUUAUCUAUCAUUUAUGCUGCAUUUGUGUUCUGAUGCUGGAGUUGUUGCCUCGGAGAUUAAAACGCACAGAAAGACAAGAUUUUGUGUGCCUGUGGGUUUAGGCCCAGGAUAUCCUUCGUCCUUGGGUGCUUCUGUUUUCGAUGAUGGAAUGGUCAAUUUCUCUUUGUUUUCGAGGAAUGUUGAGAGCGUUGUCCUUUGCCUGUAUGAAGGGAAAAUAGAGGUUCCGUCUUUAGAGAUCGAAUUGGAUCCUUAUGUCAAUCAUAUAGGUGAUAUCUGGCACGUCUCGAUGGAGAGCAUCGUGGACUAUGUGAGCUACGGUUAUCGUUGAAAAGGACCAGCAGAGAAAAGAGGUGGAUUUGAUAUGCAGCAUGUGCUGUUGGAUUCGUAUUGUCAUGAACUGUCGUCGCGCACCCACAGUAACUUCGUUCAAUGAACUGUUCGUCACUUUUGCAUAUAUGUACGGAUUCUUGGCAGCAUGUUUUGCCAUAGUUUUGUGUGCUUUUGCUUGUAAAAAUGUAAGUUCGAACAGGUUGCAGCGUUACAGUGCAACCGCUCACUGCGCCUAGCGAAACAACCCCUAAAUGGCUCCAUUUUCGCAUGCCACGGGCUAUUUCUGCAGCCCGUUGCUGAACGCGAAACGUCAGCCAUCUCAGCACCCUGGAACCACCCGGGUGGCACCAUGGGGGAUGGGGCUUCGAUAUAGUGUCAGGCGUUGAACAGUCUUUCAUAAAUUCGCACGUUAACUUGACAGGGACUUGUCUUUGCGCCCAAUACCCGGUGAACAGCUGUUUGUGGACUUGCAUCUGUUCGUUCAACCUUCUAAUGUCCUUGUUUUUCCUCUUUUCUCUGUUUUCUCUCAUGCACGCAAGUGCUCGCUGAAUUGCUUGUAAAGCUUCUCUUUCCGCGAGACAUCUGGACUUGUCCGUCGCUCAUUCUUCGAACUAAUCAACUUUCUCUUUUACAGGUCCUUCGGGACCUGAGUGAGGUUGCAAAUUGGCUGACCUUUGCGGACGCAUAUCGCAAGGGCGCAUCAUGACUUAGGCAAUCCCAGCUAAGUCCGAGAAGUUGGCACAAGGGCGUUUCGCGACUUAGGCAACUCAAGCUAAGUUUGCAUCUUGGCCACAAGGGUGCUUCACGGCUUAGGCAAUUCCAGCUAAGUCAGUGACAUUGUGGUAUCAGAGCGGGCAAGCAAUUCGAGCAAGCAACGAAGGAACUUUGCAAUUUCGCCAUGGAAAAGCAUCAUGGCGAAUCAAGCAAGACGGGGCAUGUCUGACCCUUGCCCCAAGCAGUCACAGGUGGGCUGCAAGUGCAUACUCACUCUCGUACUGUUGGUGCCACUCAAGAGGAGCGCGGCAACGAACAUGAUGAGCGAGAAGUUGGCUACUCUCCGCGAGCGGAGAAGGUGCAAUCUGGAGCGCCAACUGGGAAAAGGAGCCAUAAGGAGAGACUCACAAACUCGCUUAGAUGUUCUUGGAGCGAGCUUGGAGGAACUCUACUAUGGCCAACAAAGGCUUUCUGGGGUAGAGAGCUCACCAGAAGAAGUUGAAUCCCAGAUCGACAAGGUAGAGGCCCUAGUUGACCGACUGUCAGACGACACCAAAGACUCCGUGCAACAUCUGCACGAAGUUGUGGCGGAACUCACUUCCAGGGUGACCAUGCUCACAAGGGCACUGAAUGUGGGAGGAAGCAACACCCGCAUUGCACAAGAGAAAAGAGAGAGAGGAGGAAAACAAGGACUUUAGAAGGUUGAACGAACAGCUGCAAGUCCACAAACAACUGCUCACCGGGUGCCGGGCGCGACAACAAGUUCCCGUCAAGGUAACGUGCGAACUUGCGAAAGAUUGUUCAACUCCCGACACUAUACCGAAGCCCCAUCCCCUAUGGUGCCACCAAGGUAGUUCCAAGGUGUUGAGAUGGUGUCGGGGACCGAGAGCUGGAUUCUGAUGGCGAUCGGAAGAACUCCCACCAACAUCGCGGUGAUCAAGUACUGGGGGAAGCGCGACGAGGCCCUCAUCCUCCCCGUCAACGACAGCAUCAGCGUCACCCUCGAUCAUGACCAUCUCUCCGCCACCACCACCGUCGCCGUUAGCCCUACCUUCGACAGAGAUCGGAUGUGGCUCAAUGGCAAGGAGAUUCCACUCUCUGGAGAUAGAUUCCAGAGCUGUUUGAGGGAAAUCAGGAAAAUUGCCGAUGAUGUCGGGGAUGAGAAGAAGGGUAACCGUAUCCGGAAGGAUGAUUGGCAGAAAUUGAAUGUCCACAUUGCUUCCUAUAACAACUUCCCCACAGCUGCAGGAUUGGCGUCUACGGCUGCUGGCCUUGCUUGUUUUGUUUUCACUUUAGCAAAGCUAAUGAAUGUGAAGGAAGAUUGUGGAAAGCUUUCAUCCAUUGCGAGGCAAGGGUCAGGCAGUGCAUGUCGCAGUAUGUAUGGUGGUUUUGUCAAAUGGACCAUGGGUAAGGAUGCCUGUGGAAGUGACAGCAUUGCAGUUCAGCUUGCUUCAGAAUCACAUUGGAAUGACCUUGUUAUUAUCAUAGCAGUGGUGAGUUCAAAGCAGAAGGAAACUAGUAGCACCACUGGCAUGCGUGACAGUGUUGAGACAAGUCCGCUCUUACAACAUAGAGCCCAGACUGUUGUCCCAGGUCGUAUUUUGCAGAUGGAAGAAGCUAUCAGAAAUCGUGAUUUUGCAUCUUUUGCUAGGUUGACUUGUGCAGACAGUAAUCAGUUUCAUGCUGUUUGCUUGGAUACUAGCCCCCCUAUAUUCUACAUGAAUGAUACAUCACACAGGAUAAUCAGUCUUGUUGAAAGAUGGAACAGGUCUGAAGGAACACCACAGGCAGCCUACACUUUCGACGCGGGACCCAACGCCGUCUUGAUUGCACCAAACAGAAAAUCCGCUGGUCUUCUGCUUCAGCGCCUGCUAUUCUGCUUCCCGCCACCAGCAGACAAUGAAUUGACUAGUUAUGUAAUAGGAGACAAAUCAAUUCUGCAUGAAGCUGGUCUACAGUCCAUGAAAGAUGUUGAAGCCCUGCCACCACCACCUGAGAGCAAGGACAAGUAUCCAUCUCAAAAGUUCCCCGGCAAGGUCAGCUAUUUCAUCUGCACCAGGCUUGGGAGUGGACCAAGGGUGCUCACUGAUGAAAGUCUAGCUCUGCUAAGUCCCACUACUGGACUCCCAAAGUUAGUUUGCUUACAAGAGAACAUGAUGGUCAUUGGAACUACUUUGUGAGAGAUGCUCCCUUUAUUAUUCUUGGGUUUUGCCGGAAUAUCUUAGUAUGAUCCUUUUUGGAUCGUUCCUCUCUCUCUUUUUGCUUUCGGAAGAAUCUAUGCUUUUAUUUUAUGUGAGGAUUGACGGACUUCUUGCACUAGCUAUUUCUCUGCAUAUGGUGAGGUCAAGAUAUAAACAAGUUGCUCAGGUUUUGCUUUC